AUGAUCAGCUUCAGACAUAUGGCAGUUGCUAACAGCGAUUUGGGAUUCCGACUUGUUGUUUUGUGUUUGUUCCUACUCUUAAUAGGUUGCGAGAGUUCUCAACGGCAUUUCAACAAACAUGUUGCGCUCUUCAUUUUUGGAGAUUCACUUUUCGAUCCUGGAAACAAUAACUACAUAAACAUUGAUCCGGGCUUCCAAGCGAAUUUUUGGCCAUAUGGAGAAUCAUACUUCAAUCCGCCAAGUGGAAGAUUCUCUAAUGGUCGUCUCAUCUCUGAUUUCAUCGCUGAAUAUGCUGGAUUGCCUCUCAUUCCUGCGUAUCUCGACCCCCAUUAUAAUGAAUUUCUGUAUGGAGCAAACUUUGCUUCAGGGGGCGCUGGUGCCUUAGUUGAAACCAAUACGAAAAAUUUCGUACUUGAUCUCAAAACACAACUACAAUAUUUCUCUGAUUUAGAAAAACGUUAUAGGAAAGAUUUAGGUGAUGUGAAAACCGAGCAGCUGUUGUCCGAUGCUGUCUACUUGUUUAGCUGCGGAUGCAACGACUAUCUAGUCCUCACCUCCAACAACCUAAGUAAUCUUCAUUACGAGGAAUACGUGGGAACGGUGAUUGGAAACUUGACCAAUGUGUUCAAGGGAAUCUAUGAAAAAGGUGGGAGGAAGAUCGGUAUUGGUACGAUCCCACAAUUAGGUUGCUUGCCUUAUGUUCGUGCACAACAGCCAGGCAAUACCUGCAACCAAGAACUUAACACAAUAUCUAGUCUACACAAUCGCGCAUUUUCCAAGAAAUUACAAGAGUUGACACAACAAUUUGAAGGAUUCAUGUUUGCAAACUAUGAUCAUUCGACUGCUCUUAGCGAACGAAUGAAGAACCCAUCAAAAUAUGGUUUUAAGGUAGGAGACAGUUCGUGUUGUGGUAGUGGUCCUUUACGAGGGAUUUAUAGUUGUGGAGGCAAAAGAGGACUAGGAGAGUUUGAAUUGUGUGAUAAUCCUGACGGUUAUGUCUUCUUCGAUGCCCCUCAUCCUAGUGAAGCCGCAUGCCGCCAAUUCGCAGAGCUUUUUUGGAAUGGAGAUUCCAAAGAAUCGGAACCGGAACUGAAACCGGCGGUUCCUGUAAUUUUGGAACCUGAACCAGUUGCAUCAGUUCAUAAAGAUCUGGAAACGCUCCCAGAACCGUCGGAACCGGUUCCGAUUUCAGGUAGCGAGAGUUCUCAGGGGCAUGUCAACAAACAUGUCGCCCUCUUCAUUUUCGGUGAUUCACUUUUUGAUCCUGGAAACAACAACUACAUAAACACUACAACUGAUCUCCAAGCGAAUUUUUGGCCCUAUGGCGAAUCCUACUUCAAUCCUCCAAGUGGGAGAUUCUCCGAUGGUCGUAUCAUUCCAGAUUUCAUCGCUGAGUUUGCUGGACUACCUCUCAUUCCUGCAUAUCUGGAUCCCCAUAAUAAUGAAUUUCUGUAUGGAGCAAACUUUGCAUCCGCAGGAGCUGGCGUAUUAAAUGAAACACUACCUUCAAGUAUAACACUCAAGACACAGCUACAAUAUUUCACUGAUUUAGUGAAACAGUAUAGGAAGAAUUUAGGUGAUGUGAAAGCCGAGCAGCUAUUAUCCGAUGCCGUUUACUUGUUCAGUUGUGGAAGCAACGACUAUCAAAGUAAUUUAUAUCAGGAGGAGUAUGUGGGAAUGGUGAUCGGAAACUUGACGCAAGUGUUUAAGGCAAUCCAUGAAAAAGGAGGAAGGAAAAUUGGAAUCAAUAUGCUCACACCAUUAGGCUGUUUACUACCCAUUCGUGCAACACGACCAGGCAAUUCCUGCGAUGAAAAACUUAACAUCAUAUCAAGUCUACACGACAACGCACUUUCCAAGAAACUGCAAGAUCUGACUCAACAAUGGGAAGGAUUCAUGUAUUCAACGUUCGAGCUCCAAACUGAGAUUACGAAUAGAAUGAAAAACCCAUCAAAAUAUGGUUUAAAGGUAGGAAACAGUGCAUGUUGUGGUAUUGGACCUUUUCGAGCGAUUAAUAGUUGUGGAGGGAAGAGAGAACCACGAGAGUUUGAAUUGUGUGAUAAUCCUUACGAUUAUUUAUUGUUCGAUCCCUUUCAUCCUACUGAAGCAGCGAACCUGCAAUUCGCAAAGCUGUAUUGGGAAGGAGAUUCCAAAGUCGCAUCACCCUACAACUUAAAAAGCCUGUUUCAAGGCAUGCAUAAUGAUAUUGUCCAACAUACCAACUUAGCUGCUAGAUUCAUGGACUAGUUCAUCCCAAGCUUGAAGACAAGUUUCUGUGCUAACGUGUUUUUUCUAG